AUGUUUGCUUCAAAAUCCAGUUCGGUAUCACCUUCUCCAUCCAUGGAGCAGGCAGAUUCAGAUGCUCUGGACAUCAGCACCAAAGUGCAGCUGUACGGCGUGCUCUGGAAGAGACCCUUCGGGAGGCAGUCAGCCAAAUGGUCCAGGAGGUUCUUCAUCAUUAAAGAAAGCUUCCUGCUCUACUAUGCUGAGAGUGAGAAGAAGAGCUUUGAAAGCAAUAAAUACUUCAACAUCCACCCCAAGGGUGUCAUACCCCUGGGAGGCUGCAUCGUGGAGCCCAAAGAAGAGCCCAACAUGCCUUAUGCCAUAAAGAUCUCUCAUGAAGACUUCCAUGGUAACAUUGUUCUAGCAGCCGAAUCAGAGUUUGAGCAGGCUCAGUGGCUGGAGAUGCUACAGGAGUCUGGAAAAGUGACCUGGAAGAAUGCCCAGCUGGGAGAAGCCAUGAUUGAGAGCCUGGAAGCCCAAGGACUGCAGCUGGCCAAGGAGAAACAGGAGUAUUUAGAUAAGCUAAUGGAAGAAACAGAAGAGCUGUGUCUGCAGAGGGAGCAAAAAGAGGAACUCGAGCGUCUGAACCAGGUCCUGGAAGCAGAGAAGCACCGGUUUGAAGAGGUGGUACGGGAGCUGCGGCUGGAGCAGGAACAGAUCAGACGGGAGCUAGAGCUCACAGCCCGCUCCCUUAAAGGAGUGGAGGAAGAAAAGAAAGAGCUGCGAAGCCUGACACAGUCCUUACAGAAAACCCUAGAGGAGCUCUCCCUGGAAAAGCAGCAAAUGCUGGAGAUGCUGGAAGAAAAUGAGAGCCAGCUCCCACCUCCAACCACCCCCAGCAAGGAGCAAAGCCCCAUCUGGGGACUGCACUGCAGCCUACGACAGAUUGAAGAGAAGAUGCAGCAACUUCUGGAGGAGAAACUCCUGGCAGAGAAGAGGAUGAAGGAGAAUGAGGAGCGGUCCCGAGCACUGGAGGAGGAGAGGGAGUUUUACUCCUCCCAGUCGCAAGCGCUGCAGAACUCGCUCUCGGAGCUGACCGCGGAGAAGCAGCAGACAGAGAGAGACCUCAAGGCUGAGGUGAAGGUGCGUAUGGAUCUGGAGAAGAGACUGAGAGAAGCUGAGGAAGCAUUGCAGAGCUUGGAGCAAGGCUUAAAUUCUCUGGAUUGCAACAAGGAGAAAGAGGAGAAGAUGAAAGCAGAUGUCAGUCACUUGAGAA